GCCGCAGCUGUCGACACGGGAUGCCUCGCCGCCGCAGCCCGAGAGUUCAGCUGCUGUUUUUUUAGUGUGGUGCUAGGAACCCUGUUCCGUGCGUUCAGGGGCUUUUGUUGUGGUGGCGGCUGCUGCUUUUUAUUUAUUUUCUUUCUUUGAACCGGGCCCUGCUCUGCUCCCGCUGGCAUGAUGGCCCAGUCCAAGGCCAACGGCUCGCACUACGCGCUGACCGCCAUCGGCCUGGGGAUGCUGGUCCUCGGGGUCAUCAUGGCCAUGUGGAACCUGGUACCCGGGUUCAGUGCCGCCGAGAAGCCGACCGCUCAGGGGAACAACAAGACGGAGGUAGGCAGCGGGAUUCUCAAGAGCAAGACGUUCUCCGUGGCCUACGUGCUGGUUGGGGCCGGCGUGAUGCUGCUGCUGCUGUCCAUCUGCCUGAGCAUCCGCGACAAGAGGAAGCAGCGGCAGGGCGAGGAGAUAGCGCGCAUCCAGCACCUGCCGGGGGCCGAGCCGCACGUCCAGGAGGAAGACAGCCUGGAGGAAGAGGAGGAGGCCUCCUCGAGGUACUAUGUCCCCAGUUACGAGGAGGUGAUGAACACAAACUUCUCGGAAGCAAGGGACCCAGCCCAGAGCCCGAGGAUGAGCAUCUCUCUCCCCUCCUAUGAGUCCUUGACGGGGCUGGACGAGACGAGUCCCACGACCACCAGGGCCACCGUGGAGGGCAGCCCGGGCCACCCACCCGACCGGCAGAACUCCAGGCUGGCCAAACGCCUGAAGCCACUGAAGGUCCGAAGGAUUAAAUCUGAGAAACUCCACCUCAAAGACUUUAGGAUCAACCUCCCAGACAAAAACGCCCCUCCUCCUUCCAUCGAGCCUUUGACUCCCCCGCCGCAGUACGACGAAGUCCAGGAGAAGGUCCCCAACGCCCGGCCACCUGACUGACGGCCCCUCUCUGGCGGGUUUCCUCCUGUCACACACCCUCCGCACCACCAGACCCCAAUGAAGCCACUCCAGCUACAGUUGAGAAUCGAGGGGACAGAUGCAGACUGAGCAGUUUCGGAUGGGGGGUGUGGGUUGGGGAGUCCUGUGAUUCUGGGGUGACUCACAUCCACAGAACCUCACGUAGCAGGUGCACUGGAAAGAGACACUGUCUCGGAUCUCACGAUGCUGAGAACCCCACCUGGGGGCGCUGUCGGCAUCUUCCCCGUCUUCUUUCCUCAACUGAACGGUGGAUGACCACGGCCUCUUUCUGACCCGGAGAGGGUGCCUAGCAACUGGUGUACACUGUGGUUUGGUUUUGCUUUCACGAUGACUGUGUUAUUUCCAAAAGAAAACAAGUCAUGCCCUUGCUUUCCUGAAUGGUGGGUAGGGAAUACGACUCAGCUUUGUAGAAAGGACACGGGCCGUGUUGUGCAUUAGGCAAAACACGCGGCAGGAUGAUGGUGUCAGGGUGAGGCCCAGGUGGGGUCCUGAGCCCGGACGCCAUGGGUUCUUUGAGAGCCCGAGGCCUGAGGAUGCUUAAAACCACAGUCUCCACCAGGACCCCUGACUGGGCUCUCCUGUGUGAUGGCAGGAAGGAGAGCUGGAUGGGAUGUAUUCACUCUAAAGUGCC